UCUUAAAAAGAGGCUUCGACGCCUAAGUCAUGAGGGGUGAAGAUCAAUCCAUCUUUCAUUAUGCAGGUCUGAUAGCAUCUGUCACAGGAAGCUUGCAACGUUAGCGGGAGGAUCACCUGCUAAGCACUGGCAGAGGCGCGUUUCACACCGGCACCUCCAGUUAAUCGCUCCUCUCUCCGGCUAGGGACGUGGGAUGUUUUGAUGGAAAAAGGCUGCUUGUGAUGCACAGGGCUUUCACCGUCUUGCUGCAGUUCCCGUGGCUAACACUCUGACAGGCGCUGGGCGAGCAGGAAGAGACGCCUGGAGAAUCAGGGAUGCUCAUAGUGGGUUAAUCAUUCACAUCCUCCACAACUGGCCCACGUCAACUUCCAAAUCGGCACAAUUGCUCGGCUCCAUCCGCGGACCCUUUCCAGGUAUUUACAUCGCAUUUGUUAAGGCUUUUGGAGGUGCGCGGUCACGUGCGGGCGCUGUCCAGCGACGGUGGUGCUGAAAACGGCUUGUGUAGAUACUGCCGAGCCUUUGCGGCGGAGGUUCAAGUAAGGUAAUGCACCAAGACUACUGAGGUCGAAACGACUGCUCACGCAAAACACUUUGUAGAGAUCCUAGCGAGCUUGGGCCGUGUGACUACCGUCCUGCACUGGAUUAAGGGAGUCAUUGGUCGAUAAGUCCAAAGUUACCUUCUGGAUCUCUGACCCCCGGAAGUUGAUAGAUCUGGCUGUAAAACGAUAUCUGGUCUCACAUAUUUGAAAGGACACGGACAAGAACACUUGAAAAGCCAUCAUGAAUUUCCUGAUGAAGGCAGCUUUGGGAGGAGGCCCCCCUGAUGUUGGUAAAAUGCUGGGAGGAGAGGAGGACAAAGACCCUGAAGCAGAAAAAGAGAAGGAAGAGGAGCGACAGGAAGCUCUUAGACAGGAGGAGGACGAGAGGAAGGCCAAACACGCCAAGAUGGAAGCAGAGCGGGAAGUCAUAAGACAGGGCAUCAGAGACAAGUACGGCAUUAAAAAGCGAGAAGUGGCCGAAGCCGAGGCGCAGGCGGCCAUGGAGCAGGCGAGCGAAGGCAGUCUGACCCGUCCAAAGAAAGCAGUACCGUCCGGCUGCGGAGACGACGACGAGGAGGAAAACAUCAUGGACACGAUGAUGAAGUAUCUACCUGCAGGACUGCAGGACAUGCUCAAGAAGUAACACCCUGAUAAAUCUUGAGCACACGCAGCUUUAGAUAUUAUUUUAACGUGUACUGACUUCAGAGGGAAGAGAGCACACUAGAGCAAAACACCAUUACCUUUCACACAUUUCGAUUCGUGAGGAUCUUUAGAUAUUAGUGACCGAUCAAUCAAGCGAGAGGGGUUAAUUAUCAGAAUAUAAGCCAUAUUUUAUCUUUACGCGGAAACCUGAAAUCAUCAACAUCAUCUCUUUGGCAAUUUAUUAUCCAAUACGUAAAAAGCAAUAUAUAUAUGCAUGAACUGUCGAGUGUCUGUUCCACCUGUCCGUGUUCAUUUAGCGUUCGAUAUGAGGAAAAGGUAUCGUUAACUUUGUUGAAGACAUUCUAGUCUUGCAUGUGUGUGUCCAUAGUGUUCGUGUGCUCACUGACAUCUUGUUUUGAGAUUGCAAUCAGAUAAAGAAGGCAAUAACACUGUAAGCUAAAAGACAACAACCUUUAUACAUUUGUCACUAUGCCAUUUAGUUCAUUCUGGUGAAUCUUGUCACACUUGCACUGUAGUAUCAUCAGUCUGGAACAUGUAAUGCCUCAAUUGAGUUUAACAGUGUUGUCGAGAUAUGCGUUUUCACAUCGUCAUCGCGCUUUACGUCAGAUUUACGACUGAAACUCAGUUUCACAGGGACACUCUAUGUGUUUUGAAUGGACUGUAAUUUCUCUGGUUGGAGCCAUGGGGAAAUUGUCUGUGACCUACAACAUUCUCAGCAAUAAUAACAUAUUCUGUUUGCUUGGCUUGCAGUUAAACAAGAAAUAAAAUCGUAUGAAUUGGAUGAAUGGCUCUAAUGUUUUAAAAAACGAUUAAAUGUGAUAUGUCUGUCUCAAGAUUUGAUGUGUAUGGCACUACAAUAAAACAGUCACACAAAUCUA